AUGACCGCAGCUUACAGAUAUGUUUCUUUUGGCUUGCUCCGAUACUCAAAGCUAUUCCUUUUUUUAUCAUACUUUUUAUUACUGUAUUAUGACAGUACUAGACUGUCGCAGAGAGGGCCCCUCUGCGGCAGCCUUGUAUUGAUUUUUGCGCUCUGUUAUUUUUUCUUCAAUUCAAUGAUGCCAAAUAUAACUUAGUUUUUUUAAUUUGCAA